AUGAUGCCCGCCUUCAUUUCACUUCUCGGAGACCUCCUGAAAGAGCUCAACACGACAGUCGAGAUGAACUACCACGCGAUGGUUCUGGCCAUAAUCGGCGCCGUGGAGCUGAUUUGUGGAUGGGCGGCCGCCGCCGCGUUUGAGUAUUUGUCCGAUCGCCAAGUUGGGAAGUUCAAACGCCACUACUUUGCUACCUUGAUCCGGCAGGAGCAAGGGUGGUUUGACAGAAACGACGUAGGCUCUCUCUCGACUCGCCUGGACUCAAAUACGUCUACCAUCCGCCUUGCCGUUGGCGUCAAGUCCACAACGUCACUGCAGUUUUUCGCAACGUUUGUCGGAUCUUUCAUCACGGCGUACACCCGACACUGGAAGAUGGCCUUGGUUGUCAGUGCAGCGCUUCCCGUCAUUGCCGGAUGCGGGGCGUUCCUCGCCUGGUCGCUCCGGAGUAGUCAGCAGCGCGCCGAAAAAGCGUACAGCGAAGCGGGACGUGUAGCCGAGGAAUCUCUUCGAAACGUCCGAACCGUGGCGUCGCUAGGGGGAGAGGAAAGAAUGAUCUCAGAUUAUGUGUCAAACUUGAAGCGAGCAGAACAGGCAGCUAUCAAGGGAGGCGCCUUCACAGGCUCUGCUGUGGGUGCGCUGAUGGCGUGCGUGUUCUUCAUGUACGCGCUCGGGUACUGGUAUGCUGGUGGCCUGAUUGCUGACGGAAUCCGCGAAGUCCAGGCGGCGAUGGCGUCGAAUCCUCCGCCGCCAGGCGAGGUGCCGGUGCAGCCGGCAUUUCAAGGAGGCGACGCAGUUACGGUGCUGAUUUGCAUCAUGGUCGGCGCUUUCAGUCUGGGUCAGAUCAUUCCUGGCUUGGCGGAGUAUGUGCGGGCUACUGAAGCUGCGCGGGAUCUGCUGGAAGUGAUCACCCGCCAAUCCCUGAUUGACCCGUUUGACACCACCGGAACGAAGGACGUGAAGCUGAGCGGCGACAUUGUCUACGAGAAGGUUUCGUUUUCGUAUCCGACGCGCCCUGAGAAAGUGAUCUUCAAAGACCUCAGUUUGACCAUUCCAGGAGGCAAAACUGUCGCUCUUGUCGGAGGCUCCGGCUGCGGCAAGUCGACCAUCGUCCAGCUUCUCCAACGGCAAUACGAGCCCACCUCUGGAGCGGUCAAAUUCGGCGACACGCCCUUGAAAGAAAUCCAUUUGGAGACGCUGCGAGCGGGGCUCGGCGUGGUGAACCAAGAACCGAAGCUUUUCUCUGCGACAAUUGAAGAGAACAUCUCUUUGGGUUCAAAGAAACCCGUCACACAUGCGCAAGUUGAGGCUGCUGCCAAGAAGGCGAACGCGGCUGGCUUCAUCGCGGACUUCGCGAACAAAUACGAAACCCACUGCGGCGCAAUGGGAUCGCAGGUGUCAGGAGGACAGAAGCAACGCAUCGCCAUCGCCCGUGCGCUGGUCCGGGAGCCCUCCGUUCUGAUUUUCGACGAAGCCACAUCUGCACUCGACAACGCUUCCGAACGUAUCGUCCAGGCUGCCUUGGACUCGCUGAUCGCCACGACAGGCGCGACGACGAUUAUCAUCGCACACCGCCUGAGCACCAUCCAGAGAGCGGAUUUGAUCAUCGUGCUCGGACACAAAGAAGGCGACGAAGGUUCCUCCGUUGUCCAGCAAGGCACGCACGAAGAACUCAUGAAGGACGAGCAUGGCUUGUACUACAGUCUGGUUCAGUCGCAGCUCGUGGGCAUGCACGCCGACGACGACGAGGACGACGGACCGACCACCGCCGCGGAAGGCGCUCCAGACGCACCUGGUGCCUCCUACGCAACGACCAGCCCCCAGAGCAUGAGCCGCCGCCGGGUUUCCGAUCAGUCUGCGUUCAGCUCCGCCUUCUCUCUGAUCUCCGAGCGCCUCCUUGAGACAGGCACUCAGAAGGAGCGUAGCCUCUGGAGUUUCGGCAAGAAUAAGACCCCCGCAGAUGGAGAAGAGGAGCCCGCGCCUCGCAUCCGCAUGACUCGCAUCUUCGGCCUCGCGCUCAAGCACUGGCCUUUCUUUCUCCUCACUCUGGUUGCUGCAUGUGCCUCAGGCGUUGUUUUCCCGGUCUACUCUGUCAUCUUUUCCCGGUUUAUCGCCCUGUUUUUUAAAUCGGACCCGGAUGAGAUCGAGAGCGAAGCGAACAAGUGGAGUUUGGCCUUUGUAGGGCUGGCCUGCAGCGUUCUCAUCGUCGAGUGGCUCAAAUUCCUCGGGAUCGAGUACAUGGGCUCGAAGGUGACGUCUGAACUCCGCGCCAAGGCGUUUACGCAGACGAUGCACCAGGAUAUCGCUUUCUUUGACAACAGCAAGAACAACGUCGGAGCUCUGAUGUCGAUUUUGUCUUCGGAUGUGCUCGUCGUCAAGACCGGAAGCUGCGGAAAUCCUAUGGCUCUGGCUGCAUCUCUCGCAGCAAUUGUCGCCGGAUGCAUCAUCGCCUUCACAAGCAACUGGAAGCUGGCGCUUGUCAUCCUCUGCUGUCUGUUCGUUCUGGGGCCGGCGAGCAUGAUGCAGCAAACGUUCAUGCACACCCACAAUCACCCGACACAAAAGGGAAAGAAACAACCGCAUGACGAGGAGGAGGACUGCCCCGAACAGGUCCUUAUCGAGGCUGUGGGCGGCAUCCGCGUAGUCUCGGCUUUUGGCCUGGAGCAGCAUUUCAUCGACCGCUAUGAAAAAUGCCUUCGCCAAGAGCCCGCUACGCAAGCCAAGAACGCUCUCUUGCUUGGUUUCUUCUGGGGCUUCUCCCAGGGAGUGCAAUUCGGUAUCAACGCCUUGGGCAUGUGGUACGGGGGGAACCUGAUCAAAGAUGGCGCCACGGCGACAGACGUUAUGCAGGCGAUUUUCGCGCUCAUGUUCGCUGGAAUGACUAUGGGACAAACGGUGCUCUUCUCGACCGACAACGCGCGGGCGCGGAUGGCGGCGGCGCGGGUGUUCCGUCUGAUCGACACGCCGUCGGCGAUCGACUCUAGAGACUCUGGAGGCCGCCGAUUUGAUUAUCACUCUGGGAAUGGCGGAGAAGUCGCGUUCACCAAUGUCAACUUCCGCUACUCGACGCGACCGACUGUACCGGUGUACCGGAAUCUAUCUUUCACGGUCAAGGCCGGCGAGACGGUGGCGCUGGUCGGCCCUUCAGGCUGUGGGAAGUCGACGGCGAUCCAACUGAUUGAACGCUUUUACGACCUCCGCAACACCGUUGAGAUUACCAAGCUUGACGAUGGCGAGGUCGCGGGAGAGGCAGGAGGCAAGAUGAAGCGCAAGCGGCGCAACGGGGGCUCCAUCACGUUUGAUGGAACCGAGCUCAAGGAAACCAACGUCAGCUCGCUGCGUGAGCAAAUGGGUCUCGUCGGUCAGGAGCCAGUCCUGUUCAACAUGAGCAUCGAAGACAACAUUCGCAUCUCCAAGCCAGAAGCUUCUGAGGAAGACGUCAUUGAAGCGGCCAGACAGGCGCACGCCGACAAGUUCAUUCGCACCUUCCCAAACGGCUACAAAACGUUGGUCGGACCAGGCGGCAGUCAGCUCUCCGGCGGGCAGAAACAGCGUAUUGCCAUCGCGAGAGCUCUGGUGCGCAAGCCGCGUCUUCUUCUCUUGGACGAAGCGACGUCAGCACUCGACGCCGAGGCUGAGCGCCAAGUCCAACAGACUCUGGACGAACUCGUGGAGAAGGGCCAUAGCCAUGGCACCAUUAUUGUCGCGCACCGGCUCUCUACCGUCAAGAACGCAACCAAGAUCGUCGUGCUGAGCAACGAAGACGGCCGCGGCAGUCGCGUCGUCGAAGUGGGCAGUCACGAGGAGCUGAUGAAGAUUCGGAAUGGCGCCUACAGGCAGCUCGUUAACAUGCGGGUGGACGCUGCGCGAGGUGGGUGGAUGCUCCUGGAGCACGCGGUCACGCUCUCUGCACAGGCGCCCGAGAGCGUUCGCUGCGACAGUGACGCUGCGCGAGGACCUGUCACCACGCCGACGGUUGCUGUCCAGCCGCGCGUGUCCUGUGGUUAG